CGGUGUGGCGGCGCGUUGAGGGAAGUGGGGAGAACGGCGAAAGAGCGGUUGUGAAGAAGAAGCGGAGAGAGAAAGAAAAAAGAAGAAAAGAAGAAAGAAAACGGGGAAGGACCAGUCCGGGGGGCCUUCCUGCUGCACUUUUUUUUCCUCCGUAUCUUCCCCUCAUCGCUGGUUUGUCUAAUUUUGACCGAUAAUUCUCAUUCCACGCGCAUGAACAGGAGCUUCGAAGAAAAAAAAAAAGAAGAAAAAAACACUUGGCUAAUUAUUUUUGUUUCGGCCAAGUUUUUAAUAUAUGUGACUUUCCCAACUCGUGGAGGGGAUCCCCAGGUCCAGACGGGUCCGCGCUCUGCAGUUCGUACCUGUCACUGCCGAGCACUUUUGUAUUACGGCUGUUGUUUUUCAUCAUUCUUUCUUUUUUCUUUCCUCGCAGUUGCACGUUCGAUCUCCGCGAUUUGCGCGUGCAACUGCGAGAGCGGCGCGCAGAGAGGGGAGGUCGUGUGCGCGCGCGUGUGUUAGUGUGUGUUUUUCCUCCUCGCUCGCGCCAUGGCGCGAUCCACUCCGGGUCCAGUUUGAGGAGGCGAUGCGCGCUGCUGGGGGAGCGCUCUGAGCGCGCGGCCGCCGGGGGGUCUUUGUUGGCGGCUCUGCCGACGGCACCGAGAGCGCGAACGGCAGCACUCGUGUUGUAGUUUGCGCUCGUUGCCGCGCAUCCCUCACAUUUUUUGUGUGUGUGUGUGUGUGUGUGUGUGUGUGUGGUGGGGGGGGCCUGGAUCGUUCGCGCUCCAGUCUGAGUCUGCAGACGAAGAAAGGGGGGAAAAAACGGAGACAAACGCGUGGAAGGAAACGAACGGCUGGCGCGAGCAUUCGUGCAUUCCCCCCCCCCCCCUCCGCUUUUUUUUGUGGGAAAAAAAAAAAAAUAAAAACAAAAUUCUAAAACUGCACGCGCAGGAUUUUUCCUCCAUCCACACAUCCGCAGAAGACCUUUGUUUGAUUUUUUUUUUUUUUUUUUUUUUUUUUCUCUCUCUGCGACUCUCCAUUGCCGGGAUUAUUUGUUGUUGUUGUUGCUGCUGUGUGUUUGUGUGCUCUUGUUUAUUUUUUUUUUUGCCCCGGAAACACGGCAAGGCUCUCCGCGCGCCAUGGAUGAGCAGACCCGUAUGCUGGCGGGUCUGACGCCGCUCGGCGCGCUGCCGCAGGCGGACGUGGGCGAGUCGGACCCGGUGCGCAAACAACAGCAGCAGCAGCAGCAGCAGCCCCUGGGCCAGCCGCAGCAGGACAUCGGGGACAUCCUCCAGCAGAUCAUGGCCAUUACGGACGAGAGCCUGGACGAGGCCCAGGCUAGAUGCUGGCCAGCUGAGGCGCCGAUGCGCUGGGCUGCACCAGAUGACCCCGCGCUGGGAGGGGGAGCUGGGGGGGGCACAGCGGGGGCUGCCCUGCCGCUCGACUUCCAGCACAGGAAACACGCCCUCAACUGCCACAGGAUGAAGCCGGCGCUCUUCAGCGUCCUCUGCGAGAUCAAGGAGAAGACAGUGCUGAGUAUCCGUGGAGUGCAGGAGGAGGACCCUCCAGACCCCCAGAUCAUGCGCUUGGACAACAUGCUUCUGGCUGAGGGUGUGUCGGGCCCGGAGAAGGGCGGGGGAUCGGCGGCGGCGGCAGCGGCGGCGGCGGCAGCUGGAGGGUCCCCCAACGAUGGCAGCAUUGAGCACUCGGACUACAGGGCCAAGCUGGCGCAGAUCCGCCAGAUCUACCACUCGGAGCUGGAGAAGUAUGAGCAGGCCUGCAGCGAGUUCACGAACCACGUGAUGAACCUGCUGCGAGAGCAGUCACGCACACGGCCCAUCUCGCCCAAAGAGAUUGAGCGCAUGGUGGCCAUCAUCCACCGCAAGUUCAGUUCCAUCCAGAUGCAGCUCAAGCAGAGCACCUGCGAGGCCGUUAUGAUCUUGCGCUCCAGGUUCCUCGACGCCAGGCGUAAACGCCGUAACUUCAACAAGCAGGCCACUGAGGUGCUCAAUGAGUACUUCUACUCACACCUGUCGAACCCGUACCCCAGUGAGGAGGCCAAGGAGGAGCUGGCCAAGAAGUGUGGCAUCACCGUGUCUCAGGUCUCCAACUGGUUCGGUAACAAGAGAAUUCGAUACAAGAAGAACAUUGGUAAGUUCCAGGAGGAGGCGAACUUGUACGCCGUGAAAACAGCGGUGGACGCGGCCAACGUGUCAGCCCAGGCUAGCCAGGCUAAUUCCCCGGCAACACCAAACUCAGGUGGAUACCCUGCACCGUGCUACACACCUGACGGGCGGCUAUGAGGGGCUGUCCGGGAGCACACAGUACCCCACACAAUGCCUGGAUGCCAACAGCAACUGGCAGGAUGGCACCAACCUUUCCUCCCUCACGUCUCCGCCCAGGGCUCCCAGCAGCAACCACUCCGACACUUCCAACUAACACUUAUCGGACACCCCGAGAUCUCAAGGUCUUCCCCGUAAUCCCUCCCACUGAUGCUUAUAGCUCCUCCCAUCCUUCAUUCAGCUUUUCCUACCGCCACGUUGCUCUUUUCUCAUGAUCGUUGGACUGCAUGCUCUCUUUGUGGAUUUUUUCCCCCUUUUUCUUUUUUUUUGUAUGCCUCACGUGCAGGCAUGUGGUUUUGUGCACACGUGCACGCUCCUGAGUAACGCAGGCGGGACAGCGCCAGUGGGGGACAGACGAGCCUAUGGACGCAUGCACACAGGAUUCUCUGGGACUGGCUGAGAGAGCAGGAAGCCCUGCCUGGAAGAGGUGGAGUUCUGAGGCCAGGAGUGGCCACACCCACCUGGAGAUCUCUGCUCAAACAGAUACAGAUGCGGAGAUUUCUGUUCAGUGCUUGUAUAUACACAUACUACUUCUAAGCAGUGUUACCGUCAUAUUGAUGUCAGCGCACAUCGUUCACUGGAGAGUCGGUCAGGUCCAUUUUUAAGUAGUGAUUGUCUGUGUGCAUUUACUGUGUAUAAUGCUUUGCCGGUGUGAGAACUCCCGCCUCGGCCUCUGCCUCUCACCUCGCCUCUUGCCACAAGGUUUCCCUAGUGACCAUGGCAACACACACCAGAAAUCCCCUAGAGCAGCCCUCAUCUGGCUCAUACCAAAGUGAUGUUCUGCUGCAUUGGUCCUCGCAGAAAGGUGUAGGACUUCUCACCUGGUAGCAAAGACUGUGCCGUCCUUUGGAGUUCUCAACAUUGUAUAUAGCUCUCAUUGUGUCCUUCUGCCCAGCUGUCCGAAUCAAGUGACCUCGUCUGACGCGCUCCUUUUCUAAUAAACGAUCAGCUGAGAGUGAAGAAAUAGGGAGGUACAAUUAGGGUGGAGCCUGGUGCAUAUAGAGGGAAGAAUGGAGGUGGCUGGGGAUCGAGGGCAGGGUGGAGGCAGAUGGAUGAACACGUGCACAGGCUUUCAGGCUGUUUGUUUUCAGAAGCUGCAAUAGAGUUUUUAGUGGGAUUUUUUUUUUUUUAAGGCAAAUUUUCACCAUCCUUUUGCUUUUCUCCUUCCAUUUGUUUGAGAAUUUAGUCCAUUAUAGCUUUUUCUAAUGCUGUUUGACAAAGAAAUCACCAGCCACCAAAUGAAAAUACUUUAACAGGACAGGAAUUAUACAUUAUGGUUCUGGGGUAAAGGUACUUUAAAGGAGAAAAAAAAAA